CGCCAUGACUUCAUUUGUGGGUGUGGUCUGCUAUUUUUCUUUGCUUUCGCUUUACGUUCGUGCGUUGCGCAGUUUUUGCAAAAGGACAGAAUCAGGAAUUACUUAUAUGGUAUUGCUGGUUUCGUUUUACGUUGGGGAGUAUUUGGUAAAUCCCCUUCCUCGCGUUUUUAGGCGGUGCGUCAUUCUAUAGUUUUCCUUCUUCUGCUUUGCUACGUGUUUGUUGCAGGACUCUUUUCGGCUUUGACUAUAAUUCUUUAUUAAGGGCUCAUCUCCUCUUAAAGUUUUACCAAAGUCCACAUGGCUGUUCCGGAUCAAUUUCAGCUACUUGCUAUAAAUGAAAUCGCGGAAGCUCUCAGCAGCAAUGAACGCAGUAGGCUCUUCUAUUUAUGUGAAAGCUUGGACACGGACCACAGUGUGGCUUGUAUGAAGGAGAUGCUCAGAUCAAAAGUGACGCAGCAUCAAAACGCUCACCUGUUUCUGGCAGAGCUCAUGUGGCGUUUGGGGCGUUUGGAUAUCCUAAGGAAGGUGUGUAAAGUCAACAGGGAUGACUUGGAGAGGACCAGACAAAUGGUCCCACGUUUCAGAGUAUUGAUGACAGAACUAAGUGAGGAGCUGGACACUGGAGAUUUGGACAGUAUUAAAUUCCUGUUAAGCUGCAAAUUAUCUCGUGAAAAGCUUGAGAAGACAAAGAGUUUUCUGGAUAUCAUUGUUGAACUUGAAAAGCUGGAUUCAGUCUCACCAGAAAGACUUGACUUCGUAGAGGACUGCUUGAUAAACAUUGGCAGGAUCGAUCUAGUCAAAAAACUGACCACUUACAAGAAUUCAGCUGGGGCACCUGAACAGCAGCGAAAUUUGUCUCUGCAGCAACCCUGUAGAAUUUCUCAUGUUACACAAGAGCGCCGCAUUGUAGGAGUGAGCCCACGAUCAGGUGCCUGCCUAGAGCCGAGCUCUGAGAGUCAGCCAGAUUGCUAUAAAUUUAAGACUAAUCCCAGAGGACACUGUGUGAUCAUAGACUGCGUGGGUAAUGAUGGAGAAAAAUUGGAACAAACAUUUAAGGCGCUUCGCUUCAGCGUGAAUCUCCACCAGUAUCUGAGUUCUGAUGAGGUGUUUUCAGCUCUCGAAAAUAUUCUCGAUAAGAUGGAGAAACUCAGAAAUGAUAGCUUUGUGUGCUGCAUCAUUAGCCGUGGCACAGAAAGUCAACUUUUGGGCACAGAUUCGACUGGCAAUGGAUUUUCUAUCAACGAGGUCAGGCGUCUUUUCAAUGCUAACAGAUGCCCGUUGUUGGCGGGCAAGCCCAAACUUUUCUUCAUCCAGAGAUACAACAUACCUAAGUUGUCCCUGCGCCCCAGGAUGAACCCGGACGAUGGGCACCUCGAGACAGAUGGCUGUGAUGGGGCUGUCACAGCAGCUAUUCCUAUGGAUGCAGAUGUGUUCUGGAGUCACUGCUGGACAGAUGAGUGUCAGCUGGAAGAAGAGGAACAUAGCUCUGUGUAUGUGAAGGCUCUGACAAAUGCUUUAAACAAAGCCCAAAACAGGAAAAUUAAGAUUGAUGAUAUUCAAAUGGAGGUGAACAACGUCGUCUUUGAACACAGCAGAAGUAAUCCUCAAGCCAGCUACCACCUUGAUGUAAAACACACCCUGAGGAGAGAUCUGUACUUACAAUAAAGAAUUUAUUUACUUUUUAUUUGCUAAACACCGUGAAGUAUCUGGCACCAGUACUGGUGUUACAGAUAGGCCUUAGAGUCACUGUGCCCUGAAUUGUGCUGAUACCCUUAUGUAACUAGAUGUUAAAUUCAGUUAGUGUGGGGACGAAAAAGUUAAACAGCCACACUGAUAAUUAGUUAAGGCAGCUCGAACUCAAGUUAAUUAUUUGCUUAGCAGUAACUUAGUGCUUUUGCAGCACUGAGGAGGCCACUGACUUUGGAGCGGAGGCACCUGUUCAGGUCCUGUUUCCUUGUGAUAAAAAAAUAGGACAUUCAUCAGCUUGCGCAGCUUAACUAUACUUGUGGACUUCUUAAUCUUUGAAUGCAGGUGUCUCCAUCCCAAUGCCCCGGGUCUCCAUAAUCAUGCACCUAGCCGUGAAGUCUGCCUGUACAAACAUUUGUGGAAAAAAUGGGCCAUUCUAAAGAGCUCAGUGGUACGAUUGGAAAUGAAAUUUUUAGGGACCAAAGCAGCUAAGCCAUGCAGCGGCUGAUCGGCUAAAGUCGUAGAGUGCAGUCGGGCUGAGGUAUAUAGUGCGUUAGAGUCACUACCACACUGCUGACUCAUUAACUGCAGAGCUCAUCGGGGAUUAACGUCACAAACAUAGCAGACAUAGUUUGCUUUGAGAACACAAUCAAUUACACAUAAAUGACAGCAUGAAGGCUUCUCUGUCAUUUUAUUUUUGUUUUUCGCUUUAUUUUAUUUCAUUUUUUUAUGUAGCAAAUGAGUCAAAUGGCCCUCAAUCAAGUUUGUUGCCCUUCCAGUUGUAUACUACGGCUGACAGUGUCGGACACACAAGUAUUGAUGCAGCUCAGAACUUGCUCAAGAAGAACGUUUUUAUUGCGUAUAUAGUGACACCUAUUGGUCAUAUGUAGUCAUGACAUGUUAUAAAACUUUAAAUGUGUAUUUAUUGUUAUUAUUAACCUUAAUUUUCACCCAGCGUGUUGGUGUGUGUUUAAUAAUAUAUGUUGUGUUUCAACAGAUUUAUAAUUUUAGCAGAUAAAUCAACUACAACAGUUCCCAACGUUAACUCCACAGGCAGCAACAUUUUAAAACGUAAAGGUUUACCAAACAGGACGCCCAGUCAUCCGGACUGUGAUGAAAGUUACGGUGUAUGGGGGGAAAGCAAAAAAAAGUAGGCUUAAAUCUUAAAGAUGACUUGCAAUAUUUAUUUAUACUCUACGCUGUACAUUUGUGCAUUUGUAACAUUUUUUUUUGUCUUGUUGAAAACAAUCUGAGCUAAUUUGUGCUUUAAAUUAUUAUUUUUAAAAUGUAUGCAGAAACCUUGAAAAUUUCUCUUAAUGAAGGAAACACUAUCAUGCUUUUUUUUAAGUACUUAUAUAUGUUUAUGUAUGUGUAAAUAGACAUUCCCUCUAACUCAUGUUGUAAUUUUGUAAUUUAACCCACUACUGUAGUUUGUUUUUGUCACCAUGUAAGUACAUUACAGUUUUUCGUUUGUUUUAAAAUAUGUAUCUAUGUUAGUGUGCUGCAGUGCAAUUGGAAGGAUGCUAACAUAGUUGAUACAAAUUUAACAUUUCAUACAAAGAUUUUUGUAUGAAUUGAAAUGUUAAAUUUGACAUCCAUAAGCUAUUUUUCGCCUUUAAUAAAAGUUAAUUGUGUUGUAUUUAAUAUUGCAUCUGAAAAAACAUGUUUGCAUAGUCUAUAUGUGUUUUUUACUUUUAUUUUUUAACAUUUUCUAUCAUAUUAUGACAUGUUGUAUUACAACAAGGUUAAAAGAAAAAUUAAAAUAAUGACUGGUACAAUGGUUAGAUUUGAGCAUCAACUUGACCUUUUAGAAGUUCAACUCACCGAGGCCAUGUAGUAUUUUAUUUCCCAAGAAACUCUGGAAUCACAGAAAAGCAGUGACAUCACAUGUUAUGUAAAUGUAAAUGCCCAUGCCUCCACUUUGAACAAAGAGUUCUGCAAAUAAAAUAAAUAGUCUACAAAUCCAA